AUGCACCGACUCGCGGCGCGUCCGUGCCAGCGCUCCGGCCCCGCCAGCAGCGCGCAAUCCGCGCCGUGCGCACCCAACGCCGCCCGCCGCCAGCCAGCAUGCCGCCACGUGGCGGUGCGGGCGGUGAGCCCGGAGGCCGAGCUGCCUAAGCGUGGGGCUCGCGUCUCGGAGAGCUGGAAGACGCGGGAGGACGGCGCCGAGGACGACGAGGACCUCCUCGCAGCCAUCGGGAAGAAGCAGAACUACAACAUCAACGUGGACCACGGGCAGAACAUCGAGCACCUCGACCACCUGUACGCGGGCGGCUUCCUCGGGCAAAAGAGCGACAUCGCCUCCGGAGAACUGCGCACGUGGGACUUCAGGUCUUUCAACAACCUGGUGGGAGACUACUACGUGAGCCCGCGGUUCGCGGAGGCGAUCGCGCUGCACAUCGUGAAGAACUACAUGGCCAGCGACUUCGACUGCCGCGUGCCCCUCAUUUUGGGUAUUUGGGGCGGCAAGGGCCAGGGGAAGACCUUCCAGACCGAGCUCACGUUCAAGAAGAUGGGCGUGGAGCCGAUCAUCAUGUCCGCGGGCGAGCUCGAGGACUCCAUCGCGGGGCGGCCGAGCGCGCUCAUCCGCAACCGGUACCGGCGCGCGGCGGAGGUGUGCAAGAACCAGGGCAAGCUGUCGUGCCUGGUGAUCAACGACAUCGACGCGGGGAUCGGACGGUUCGAGAACACGCAAGUGACCGUCAACAACCAGAUCGUACAGGGGUGUCUGAUGAACCUGUGCGACGACCCGGAGACGGUCUCGGUCGGCGGCACGUGGGAGGCGACGAGCCGCGGGCUGAACCGCAUCCCGAUCAUCGUCACCGGGAACGACCUCAGCACGCUCUUCGCGCCGCUCAUCCGCGACGGCCGCAUGGAGAAGUUCUACUGGAACCCCAACCGCGAGGAGAUCAUUGCCACGAUGCUGCAGAUGUACCGCGACGACCACGUGUCCGAGGAGGACCUCGCCAAGCUCGUCGACGCCUUCCCGGGACAGUCCAUGGACUUCUUCGGCGCCGUGCGGCAGGCGACGUACGACGAGCACGUGUACAAGUGGGUGAACGAGCAGUUGUGGGACGCGCAGGAGGGCCGCGUGGCGCUGGAGCGGCUCGGGGCGCGGCUGUUCCGGGACCGGCCGCUCAAGGUCGACGGGACGCGGGACCCCGUGGACGGGUUCGACGCGCCGCGGCUGACGCUGGAGCAGCUGCUGGAGGAGGGGCAAAAGCUGAUCGAGCAGCAGGACCUGGUGGAGAAGCACAAGCUGUCGGAGGAGUACAUGGCGUACAGCUCGAACCUGCCGGGGUCCGGGAGCUUGAUUGGGUUCGGGGGGUAG